CAUAUAAAACAAUAAUUUUGUUCUAAUUAGAGGUGUAGUCUCGAAUGAUUUAGUGCUGAUUACAAGAGAGGGAAAUCGAAAAUUGCAUUUGCCACAGAUAGGGGAGAUGAAAAACCUCGGUAAAACUCCUUUUGUGAUCUAUACGUGCAACAUCGGUAAACAAUUGAUCAAUAAGCAUAUGAAAAAGUAUCAUUCAUGCAACUUGGAUUAUAUCCGGACCGGAAUAAAUGUACUCCGGUAUGCGAUAGAUUGACUUCUUUAAGCCUAAAGAGCUCAAAUGAAUCCCAUAUGAAAAGUCAGAAGGGUGCAUCAUAUAAACACUCCUUUUUGCAGCUAGAAUGAAGCUUGAAAUUUGUUCCUUCUCUGGUCACAAGAUCUACCCUGCCAAGGGUAAAACUUACCAUGAUGAACUAACAUGUGUUUAUAGAACUUUCCGUUUCAUCAACGGUAAGGCUGCCUCUUACUUCCUUCAACGUUUGAACCCCCGUAAGAUCAGAUGGACUGUUAUCUACCGUCGCUUGAACAAAAAGGGCAUCACCGAAGAAGUUCAAAAGAAGCGUUCUCGCCGUACUGUCAAGCACGAACGUGCUGUUGUUGGUGCCUCUUGGGAUGCUAUCCGUGCUAAGCGUAAUCAAAAGCCCGAUGCCCGUGCUGCUGCUCGUCAAGCUGCUAUCACCAAGUCCAAGGAAGCCAAGAAAGCUGCUGCUGCUGCUAAGAAGGCCGCUAAUCCUGCUGGUUCUCAACCUAAGGUUAGCAAGCAACAAGCCAAGGGUUUCGCUCCUAAGGCUGCUGCCACCUCUCGUUAA